AUGACAGAUAUUGAAGUUCAGGUUGAUGUCCUGCUCGCCUCAAACUCUCCAUCAGGACAACAGGCGUUUGGGGGGCUUCUGGAGGACACGAGCGAUGCGACGGAGUCAGACUGGAUGGAGAGCCUUCAAAACAUCGGACAAGGAGAGACUGAGGAGCCGCUGUCGUUUUUGGCCGACGUGGCUCUGGCGCUAUCCUGUGGCGAUCAAGCGGCCUGCAGUUGUGACUGUGAGGCCUGCAGCUGUGCGGAGGUCAGGCGGUUGGAGGCGAGCCUCCGCUCCAUGCAGCUGCAGCUGCAGUUCUUCAUGAGCAAAGCGGAUGACUUACAGGACUGCCUUGUCAACGGACAGGGUCAUCUAGAGAGAGAGGCUCUUGCUGCUGCAGUACCAAGUUUCCUGUUCACCUGUCAGCCCUUCUUUAACCACCUGGAAUCUACAGCUAGAAGCACUGUGUCCCAGCUCACCUCCCUUUCCUUUGACAUUUACAAAGGGCACCUGCAGCUGUUGGACUUGUGUCAGCAGCUGUGUGACAGGUUGGAGCAGCUGGUGUUGACCUACGCCAGCUACAAUCUCCUCUGUUUGGACGAGACUGAGCCUAACAGUGUGUCUCACUUCUGCAUCGGUCAGAGCCAGUUCGGAGGACUGAGGCUGACCGUGUUCCUCUACUGUAAGUUGACGCCGUACCUGGCCCGGGUCGACACUGGCCUGUACAAACGCAUGCGCUGGAACGUGGACAGACUAGCAGAUGAGCAGCAGCACACGGAUGAAAAGCAGGGUGGAGAGAGGGAGGCAAAAACAGCCCGUGAGACAGAAUUUUACUUCCUGUGCUACGAGGAUGUUAGCAACGCACACGCAGAGGCUGGCAGGAAUAGCCAAGAUGUCUCUCUUGGUAACAUGGUGAGGAUGUGGUCCAUCGGUCAGUGGGUGCAGGAGAACCCUGACCCCAACACAGAGGACAUCAAUGACUGGAUCAUGUGCGAGGUUCCUCAGGCCACCUAUCACAGGCUGUUGUUACUGGGUAGCGAUGAGCCGUCGAGCUGCAGUGCUACAGACUUCCUGCAGCAGCUGCUGUUGUCACAGCAGACCACAGAGUGA